GUCAUACGGUGGCUACAAUAUGUAUGGUAAUCCCCAGGGUGAUGCCGGUGAUUAUGCCCAAGGUUAUUCGGCGCCACCCGGUGCAUAUCCACCACAAAAUUCCCAAAUUGCACCCGAAGUCCAGCAGUGGUUUAAUAUGGUCGAUCGUGACCGUUCUGGAAAAAUUAACUGCUCGGAAUUGCAAGCCGCUUUGGCCAAUGGAAAGGGUCAAAGUUUUUCGGAGACGGCAUGUAAACUAAUGAUUAGUAUGUUCGAUAAUGAUGCCAGCGGAACCAUUGAUAUUUAUGAAUUUGAGAAGCUCUUCAACUAUAUCAAUCAAUGGCUAACAGUGUUCAAGACAUAUGAUCGUGAUUCAUCGGGUCACAUUGAUGAGGGUGAAUUACAUCAGGCCCUCACCCAAAUGGGUUUCCGUUUCUCACCCGAAUUCAUACAAUUUCUGAUAAAGAAAAACGAUCCGCAACAUCACAAAGAGGUGUCUGUCGAUCAAUUCAUUGUACUGUGUGUUCAAAUACAACGUUUCACCGAGGCAUUCCGUCAACGUGAUACCCAACAGAAUGGCACCAUAACAAUUGGGUUUGAAGAUUUCCUAACCAUAGCAAUUGGUUGUUCGAUUUAA